GCUCAGGCUGCUCCUGGACCUUUGGCAAAUCUCACAAAACCUGACCUUUUUUAGCAGACUGGCAGCAGAAAGUAGCAGGGGAGAGAGGUGUAAACCCAACAGGAAGGGCAGCAUCCUUUGCCGGGGUCAGGACCAGGAGGAAGACGGCCACCCCCAGCACUCCGAGCAGGGCCGCCGAGCUCCAGCCCACCGCCCUGAGCAGGCGCGUCGGCAUCGAUGGUUGGAGGAGGAAUGGACACCAAAGCCAAGGCUGUUGCAGGUCUCCUGGCAACCACCUGUGUCUGCAGCAUCAUCGCCCUCAUUCUGAGCAUUGUGAAUGUGAAGGAUGUGUUUCUGCCCCCCAGCACCAAGUACGGGCUGGUGUUUGAUGCCGGCUCCACACACACGUCCCUCUACACCUACCGGUGGCCCGCGGACAAGGAGAAUGGCACCGGCAUCGUGUCCCAGGUGGAUGUUUGCACCGUGGCAGGACCCGGCAUCUCCAGCUACGCAGACGACCCCGCGGGGGCUGGUGCCAGCCUGAGGCCCUGCCUGGACCAGGCCUUGAAGAUCGUGCCGGUGGAGCAGCAGCGGGAGACCCCCACGUACCUGGGGGCCACGGCCGGCAUGCGGCUGCUGAGGGAGCAGAACGGCACCAAGGCCGAGCAGGUCUUUGCUGAGGUGGCCAAGGUGAUUGGGGAGUACCCUGUGGACUUCCGUGGAGCUCGGAUCCUGACGGGCACAGAGGAGGGCUCCUUCGGCUGGAUCACCGUCAACUACCUGCUGGAGACACUCGUCAAGUUUUCCUUUGCAGAGAAAUGGGAACAUCCAGAGGACACCGAGGUUCUGGGAGCUCUGGACCUUGGAGGUGCCUCGACACAAAUAACCUUCCAGCCUGGAGUGCCCGUGGAGGACAGGAACACUUCGGUCUUCUUCCGCCUGUACGGCACCAACUACUCUCUCUACAGCCACAGCUACCUGUGCUAUGGGAAGACACAGGCCCUGAAGAUGCUGCUGGCAGCUCUGCACCAGGACAGUGUGACUGCCCAGAUCUCACACCCCUGCUACCCCAUGGGGUACCAGGAGAAUGUCACCGUGGCAGAGCUCUACGACAGCCCGUGUGUGCGUGCCCCCAGCACAGCCAGCCCUGCGCAGGUGCUGACGGUGACGGGCACAGGGGACCCAGCCAGGUGCAGCAUGGCCGUGCAGAAACUCUUCAACUUCAGCUGCGGGGCCCAGAGGCCGUGCGGGUUCAACGGGGUGUACCAGCCCCCCGUGCGGGGACAGUUCUUUGCCUUUGCUGGGUUCUACUACACCUUCCACUUCCUGAACCUGACCAGCCAGCAGUCUCUGAAUGAUGUCAACGCCACGAUCCUGGCCUUCUGCAAGAGGAACUGGUCAGAGCUGGAGCGGACCUUCCCGCAGGACAAGAAGUACCUGCACACGUACUGCUCUGCAGCCAUUUACAUCCUGACGCUGCUGCUCGAUGGCUUCAAGUUCAAUGAGCACACCUGGAGCAACAUCCACUUCAGCCAGCAGGCAGCACACACAGACAUUGGCUGGACACUGGGAUUCAUGCUGAACUUCACCAACGUGAUCCCCGCGGAGCCUCUGGAACUCGUCAAGGGCCACCAGCCCGGGCUGUGGGCAGGGGCUGUCUCCUUCAUCGUGCUGGCCCUUGUGACAGGCCUGGUGGCCACUUUCCUCCUGUGUUUCUGGAAGACCAAGUAGCUCCCAGCCUCCUGACUCCAGGCAUCCCGCCCACUAACCCAGGCAAGGAAGUGGUGCAGAAGAGGUGGAAGGGGGAGAAGAAUGAGGGCAUUAGACCCAUCUCCAUUGCUCUGCAGAUCUGACUGGGUCAUCUCUGUGAAUGUCUAAGAUUACAAAGUUGUCUUGAUCUCUCUGAAAGUCCAAGAGGAAAAGACUCCUUUAAUCUGACUGCCAAAAGCUGACUGAGACUUGGUGGCUGGAUGAAGCCAGAUAAAUUCGAACUAGAAAUAAAAUCUGUUUUGUUUUUCAAAUAUGAA